GUACCAGGUAUUGAUUCAAGCACGCCCAUUUUAGGUAAAUACCUUAAUACCUUACUAAGGUACCUUAGGUAUCCUACCUAUCCUACCUCUCAUCUUACCCCGUCUCAGCUAGUUUUCCCAAUUCAUCAACAAACUACAAUCGUGAAGCUUCACAUCAUGGAAGUUGACGAUAUAUGCCCCUUAUUAGAGAUUCCUCUCGAAGUUCUUCUUCAUAUAUCUUCCUACCUCACAACUCCAGAAUAUGGAAAUCUUCGCCUUGUCUGUCGACGAUUGGAAGUAUCUCUCCUCAAGGCAUUCACCCACGAGUUCUUUACCAAAAGACAGUUCAUGAUUAGCGAAUUUAGUCUCGGCGCGCUCCUAGAUAUCUCCAGGUCCAGAUUUGCAACCAGCAUCUCCUAUCUCAUUAUCAGUCUUGAGCGCCCGCCUACGCUACCCAGCCUACCAAUUCACAUGCAGGUAUUCUCCGAUGUUGAACAGGCGAUAGCAUAUAACAGGAUCCGUGCGGAAUUUAUGAGCCACCAGGCCCUAGUCACCACGGGGAGAGACCUCGAGCUUCUCAGUGAAGCUCUUUGCAAUCUACCCAACCUAAAGACAAUCGGAAUACGGGACUUCAACUCUUCUGGCCGAUACCGCGAUGGAGGAGACAAUUGCUGGCACGCUUACGGUGCCCCAACUUUCUUCCGCGAAACAAAUCAAGCUCUUGACCAACCGCGAUUCGCUCGUCACCUGGAUUCUGGCUUGAUAGAAUCACGUAUGCAGUACGUGUCUUACAUAUUUAGGACCAUGCUCCGAGCCCUAGGCAAGGCCAAGGAGACACAUGUCCGUACUCAGUCGGAGACCCAUGGCCCUGCUCGAUUUGAGGUAAUCCUUAGAUCUUGCCAUGUCCCGGGCCUGGCGUUUGACUUGCCUCACUAUCUUGAGCCAAUCGUUAUACCCUUCCUCAACGACCUCAAGACACUCUUUCUGGAUUUGGGUCCCGCGUCAUUUUCCACUCUCGUUGUCAGCAAGGGGGGAAGUUAUGAGGGUUAUCUUGGCCUCCCCUUAGUGACGUUCCUCUCUAAGACGCCAUCUUUAGAGCACCUGAGAUUGAAUUAUCGGCAUUGCACUGUCGAUGAAAUCAAACACCUUUUUCAAUGGCUAACUAGUCCGCCAGAGACCCCUGAUCGCCCAGAUCUAUCCACUCCAACGGUAGGCCAAGGAGUUAAUGGGAAUACCAUACAAAACAAUCUACCACGAGUACCACAGACUCCAGCAUUCCAGCAUUUGAAAGAGCUUGAGAUCGGGUUAGUUACUAUCGAACCAUCCCAGCUUCUCAGCAUCUACAAGCGGUUUAAGCCUAGUCUACGUAUCAUCUCCUUGCACAAGGUUACCUUCACUACUCAAUCGCAGACUGUAACACCGGAGAGGGUCAACCUUUGGGGUGCGUUCUUUGGUCAGAUGGCAAAACUCAAAUUCGACCUCACCACCAUACGACUCUCCUUUCUGAGACAAAUACACGCUAUGACAUCGUAUCCGGUUGAAUUUAAAGUCAAGAGCCGAUCGCCGAAUACUCCACAUAAUAUCACGGAAUGGACUGGUAAUGAUUUCGAACGUGCCUCAGGAGAAUUAAUCGACGCAAUGACUAUUGAUUGGCCUUCGGAGGAUAGCACAGAAGACAGCGAUGCCUUUGAAUCAGAUGGUAUGUAUUGGUUCCAUACAGCAUACUCCAUAUAUUAGGACAUUACUAGAUGUACCUAACAUAGACGAUGGAUAGGGCCUUGAUGACGAGUAGGGCCAAAUGAUAAAAUUCAUAAUGCAACUAGGAUACCAAGUUCUAUUGACCAUUCCCUGGAUAGUCCGGGUUGGGCAAGGUCUAUGACUACCUAAGGUAGUUUAUCAUAAGAACGAGAACCUGGUAUUUAACGAUGGACUUCUGGUCAAGUGGUAUAUUUGUAAUUAAUUGGACUGCAUGAUUUCUAUAAGGUACCCACAACUACCUUAGGUUAGGUAGACAAUAAAAGUUCCCUCGCGGGAUGCCAAACAGCUUCUAUAUGGGUUUAAACGCUCUUGUCGAAAAAGUCUAGGAUCCUGGCAUAUGUAUCCGGUGCGGUAUACUCCUAUUUGAGGUUAGUACUAACGUCCCUAAGGGA